CAGCUGCGCUCGCCCGUCGUCAAGAGGCCCGUCGGCGCGCCCGUCACCCAGCAGGGCUGGCUGCACAAGCAGGGCAGCGAGGGCCUCAUGCUGUGGAAGAAGCGCUGGUUCGUGCUCUGCGACUACUGCCUCUUCUACUACAAAGGACCUGAAGAGGAGAAACUGCUUGGGUCUAUUCUGCUGCCCUCCUACACCAUCUCGCCCUGCACGCCUCAAGUUGAUCGAGUUUACCGAAAGUUCAGCUUCAAGGCAGAGCAUGCUAACAUGCGCACAUAUUAUUUUGCGGCAGACACCCAAGAAAUUAUGGUGCAAUGGAUGCAUUGCAUGAGUCUCGCUUCAGUCUUGCAGGAUCGGCCCACAAGAGAGGAAAGUUAUCAAAUUGACUAUGAUACUAUCCACUGCUACGAGGAGCCUCGUGUAAUAAACCAGCAGCCGAUUAGCUCUCAACACAGCCCUGGAGACGAGAGUGAUGCUGGCUUUGGCACUUACCGCCCCAGGCUUGCAGUCUCCGGCUCAAUGAACGGCUGGCAGAGCCCUCUCCUGCAGCAGCAGCUGCAACAGCAGCAACAGCAGCAGGGAUUUGAUGAUCGUAGCUUCCAUCAUCACCUCUAUGCCAAUGCCCCACCAAAGCCUCGCCGCCUUACAAAUGAAGACAUGGGAUCUUCAAGUGAUCAGUCCCCCGAGCAUCAGCAAGGUGGAGCUGCGCAGCCCCAGCAGCCUCCACGCCUGAUGCAGUCCAACUAUCAGUUCAACCCCACUGCCAUGCCUCAGGUGCAAUCCCGCCUUGUGAUGUCGCCUGGAAACAAUACAGAGCGACGCACUCCUGACACUUACAGCCGACCAGCAGGGUCGGUGCCGACUAGUAUUAGCAUAAGCAGUAAACUUAAGCCUAGUGAUUACGAAGACAUUUACAACAGUGAGAGACGACAGUUGGAAGGCCAGACCUGGACCAAUAAGUUUGGGAAGCAAGCUUAUCUGCAGACAUCCGGAAACGGCGCCAAAAUUAUUACCAAAGGCUAUGAAGCAACCUACAAUAGCCGUAUAGAAAAUAAGCCGCAACCACAGCCUCAAUCACAGCCACAACCACAACCAGCUAACUCCCUUGGACAAUCCCCUCGAAGACAACCACCCAGACCACACAGUGCUGACUUUCUGGAAUACGAUGCUCGCAGGCAUGAGGAGGCUCUGGACAUCGCUAAAAAUGCUGAACCUCAAGUCAGGGGCUCACGUUCUCAAUUUAAUUUGCAGCCCCCACGCCCCAAGUCAAGUCUUGAUAUAAUGCGAGAUCCUGACAAUGUGUAUUGGUCUGAAGAAGGCUAUGCUCAAAAAAUGCGCCAGUCUGCAUACCUCUUGCAGCAAAAUCCCAGUGGAGCAUUGCCACAGCCCCAAAUUCCAACUAGAAGUAAUUUCCCAUCCUUCUCUAACAUUCUGCAGUCUCAGAGCUCCUCCAGAGUCUCAGAGCUUGGUGCAAAUCGAGUCCUAUCUCCCUCUGCAGAGCUAAUGAGGGAGAGUGAAGAGCAACAUCUUUUGAACAUGCAAAGGAGACAGCAGCAGCUGCUUGAGGAACAGAAAAUACUUCAGCAACAACUGGAUUACCAGAAACAGCAGAGCCAUCAAGAACAGAUGCAACGACAACAGAUUGAAGAGGAAGAGGAACGGCAGCUGCUGUCGUAUUAUUCUGAAAUGCAGUCACCUAUGUCGCAACAGCCUUUCAUGCGGUCUGCAAGUGCUCGGUUGCCCCGCCACAAAUACGACCCAGAACGUGAUGAGGAAGAGGAGGGCUUCAAGCCCAGACGGAACAGUGGCAGUGGCAGCGGCCUGUACACCAAUAGGAGAUCAGGCGCAGAUUAUGGCAGCCAGAAGUUCCAACAGUACACUGCUUUAAGCACCACACCAGACAUAUCAACACCCUCCUCCCUAGAGGCAACCACUCCACGUGAAGAAUCCAUGAAACGCCUAUUGGAAUGGAAGCAGAGAAUGUUACAAUCUCCUUUGGCAAGGAAACCCUCUGGCUCUGCAACGAGAGGUGUUAACUCUGCUCAAAACCAGCUGUCAAAUUAUUACAAACAGCAAGCUCUGCGAGAGUUGGCUGAUCAGGAACGAAGGGCACAGGGACUUUCAAGGCAUCUUAGUCAAGAGGCAAUUAUGGAGAGUCAUCUCAUGAGUAAUCCAAAAUUGAUGGAUAUGCAAGACUUAGUUGAUGAUCAAGCAGGUUCGGUGCCAUGGGGUGCAGAAAUGCUUGAUUCUCAGCAAGCUGCAGAUUUCCUUGCAUUAAAAAGCCAGGAAGAUUUAGGAAAAGUGUCCAGAAGCAGAAGCCAAGAAGGGCGCAGAUCUUCAGCAUCUAACAGAUACACAAGCUACUCUUCUGAUGAGGACAUUGGAGACACGCGUGAGCCCAGAAAAAGGUCCAGACGUCCAUCUCAAUCCAGUAGAUCCCAUCGCAACAGUUCUGAAGAAAAAAGUAGUCGCAAAGCAGUGUCAUUUGAAGCUCAAUCACCGCAAGAAGAAAAAAAUGCCAGUUUCCAGGGUGUGUCUAGUCAGCCAAAUAACUUGGUUGUUGCCAGAGAUAUCGCUCAAAGGGGAAUGGAAUGGAACAGGAUGACGGAACGUCACACCUUGUCAGAAACAUCCAGGAGUAAUGACAGUUACCGAGGUCUCUAUGAGGACCGCUAUUUCUCUGGCAAGUGCUCGGACAGUGGUUACGAUACUUUGCAGAAUGGUGCUGCUCUAAACACUAGCAAUGACAGCCCAAACAAAUCUCCUCUGAAAUUUAGGCCACAUGGGUUUGACUCACAGAGUGGGCAAGGAGAGUCAUCCAGAGCAGAAACAAAACUGGAUGAGACAGCAGUUGUGAAAGAGUUUUCCUUCCAGUAUGUGAAAAAUAGAGGACAAAACAACUGCAACCUGCUUGAAGGCACCAAAUCUCUCUCUAGAAAUGUUGUUUCAAACCGCAAGAAACUGUUUGAAGACCAGGCAGGCAACAGUGCGGGCUCUCAAGGCUCCUUAGAAUAUUUAAACGAAAUCCCAGAGCACCAAAUUCGCUCCAGGUCCAUCCUGAAGAACUUCGUCUUCGGCGACGAUUCCGCCAAGGAAGUGCCCGUGGAGGAGCCCAAGUACCCCAAGUCCGUGAAGGACCUCCUGGCGGACUUCGAGAGGAAGUCGAAGCUGGCCAAGGAGAAGGCCGCGGAGCUGGAGCGCAAGUCCGAGGAGGACAGCAGGCGUCACGUGUUCAGCGACACGGAGACCCUCAUGUACGACACGUCCAGCGACCCCGAGAUCCUCGACGAGCCCUUCGACAAGAACCGGCAGUACCGCGGCAACAGCCUGUGGCAGCCCAACAAGUACCCCAGCAAGUACCCCCAGGACGAGGACGAGGACGGCGAGGUGGCCGCGGCGCUGGGCAAGCGCGACCGCGAGCAGUUCGUGAGCGCGUGCCGCGACCUGGGCAAGAAGAAGGUGGACUUCGGCGGCUCCAAGUCGUCGGCGGCGCCCUCCGCGUCCGAGAGCGGCACGCCGCCGCCACCGUCCCGCCAGUCGGACAAGUACGGCGGCGCCAAGACGCCCGACAUGGCCGCCAUGCUGGGCGACAACGACAACGCCGGCAACGCCAAGAACGACGAGACCGUCAUGGAGGAGCACUACCUGCCCAUGACGCCGUCCAAGAAGAUGAUGUCCGACACGCUCUUCAGCCACUCGUCCAUGUCCACGUCCAUGUUCGAGGUGGAGGAGAGCUCGUACGUGGAGAUGACGACGGGCGGCUUGUCGCGCUCGCUGCUCGCGCCCGACUCCAUCAUCAACUCCAGGGCCCUGGCCAUCGCCAACGUGCUGGGCGACGACCUGGGCGGCGCGACGCAGUCCCACUACGAGCUCAUGUACCGCGCGGGCUCGGCGCACGAGCCUCUCUACAUGGAGGUGAGCUCGCAGUCCGAGCACUCCAAGCAGGACGAGGCAGAGACGUCGACGCCCACCCCGGCGCCGCCCGCCACGCCCGUGCACGCCCGCCAGUUCAGCAACUGCUCCACCUCGGCCACGGACGACCUCCACUCGACGCACGUCGCCGACGACAACGUCUCGGACCACAUCCCGCCCACGCCGCCGCGCCUCAGCCUGCCCGACAUCCUCAACUCGUCCAACUCGUCGUUCCAGCAGAAGACGUCGCUCAAGUCGGAGAGCUCGGACGCCGACGACGAGGCGAGCAAGGACCUGGACUCGCUGGACACGCCGCGGCACCCGCGCUUCAGCCUGUCGGACACGUUCCGGCCCGCGUCGUACUACCUAGGCGUCUCGGCGGGCGUGGGCGCGGCGGACCGCGGCCACGGCGCCUUCCUCAACCACACCGACGCCGCCAACGACCACCAGGACUCCUCGGACAGCGAGCUCGUGUCGCCGCCGCCCAUCCCGACCAGCCCGCCGCCCCUCGGCGACCUGGACACGUCGCUGGACACGUCCCUGGACCUGCACGACUCCUCGCUGGACGUGGGCGUGCCGGGCGGCGUGCCGGGCGGUCCUGGCGCCAAGCCCCGCCUCUCGCCCAUUCACUCCAAGUCCAACAGCAUCGCCAGCCAGAAGGACCUGCUCGUCAACGGGGACCUGCCCUCGCCGGCCUGGAACCACCCCGGCCGCGGCGGCUCGUUCUCCGACAGUGGCGCGGUGCUGCGGUCGCCGAGCCAGUCCUCGCGCUGCACGAGCGUCGACGACGCGCUCAGCGAGGCGCUCAACGAGGCCAUGCACGCCGCCAACCUGGACCCCGCGGGCAGCCUGCGCAAGCGGCGGCCCGGGCCCGUGUCCGUGUCGGAGGACCUGCUGGACCGCUUCGACGACCCCGCCUACAUCUCCAAGGCCAUGCCCGCGGCGCAGCGCACGUCCCUGGACUCCAUCGGCCGCCGCAGCGGCGUGGCGCUGGACUUCGGUGCGGAGGACGUGGACCUCGACAAGUACCUGGGCAACCUGCAGGGCCGCGAGUCGUCGUACGGCAGCCGUGGCGGCGGCCAGGCCGGCCAGGCGCAGGAGGAGGAGCUGUUGUACGAGAACCUGCUGCCGCCGCCGCCCCCGGAGAUGCUGCAGCCCAAGCCUCCGCCCCCCGAGAGACCCGAGAGCGGCACGGUGCAGGCGUCGCCGCAGACCUCCCCCGCCAAGACCGCGGGGCCUCAGGAAGCGCCGCAGUCCGCGCCACAGCAGGGCCAGGACGGCGUCAACGCCCUGCAGGGCCAGCAGUGCGACCAGGCGGGCGCGCCGUACUACUACUCCGACCUGCUUCGCGGCAACCUGGAGGACGCGGAGACCGCCAACGCCCCCCCGCGGGAACUGCAGGCGCCGCACGCCAAGGCCUACAAGGACUACGAGGACUACAGGGAGACGCGGCCCGCGCCGCCGGACGACCGCGACGACGGCAUCCACUACGAGCGCCUGUCCAGGUUCACGUCGGAGAGUCUGGAGCGCAACCGCCGCGGCCAGACCUACCUGGACGCCUACGUCUGGGACGAGGACAGGGAGACCUUCCGGCAGCCGCAGCAGCAGCACGCCGCGAGCAACAACAACAACAACGCCAGCAGCAACAACGACACCAAGUCUUUUUUAGAGGUUGGCCCGCCUCCGUCCACCCAGGUCGGUGGGGGGGCGGGGUCACAGGCUCAGGGGGUGCAGGGGCAGGGCCGGCAGGGGUCGGAGCGGCCGCGACCUCGACUGCAGCACCUCAACAGCACUCCGCCAGCGGUGUCCCUCUCCCUGUCCGGAGCCGGGUCCAUGUCGGCGCGGGACUUUGCCCAGGGCCUAGUGCCGACGGGGCUGGUGCCGACGGGGCCGGGGCUGGGGCUCAGCCAGUCCCUGGCUAUGGACAGGUCAAUGGACGGCCACGGAGCGGCGGACCCGGGCAGGGACGCCUCUAUGGCCCUCUCGUCCUUGUCCGCGAGAAUCAGUUCACUGGACAGAGAAAUCACAGCACUCAGCCGAAGUCAAACAAUGGAACUUUCAACUCCAGAGAGUCUGGCAAGUCCCGACAGCUCAACGAGCCCACCAAGCCCUGGGGACUUCCUUGAGCUGAUUCGACCGAGGACCUGGGAGAGUCUCGAGGUGCAGGAAGCUCGGGCCAAGGAGGCAUUGGAAUUCCGUGAGGCCUACCAGGCCCACAAGGUGAGCAAGGUGUCUGCUGGAGAAUUGCUUGGCCGAACCCACGAAGAACUGGUACUGCUGCUCAUUCAGUUGCGCAGAGCUAGUGCAGCUGUAUGCAAAGCUAUGGAAUCUUGCCACAUGGAAAUAGAAACCCAGGCCCGCUUGGCUGAGCUGGACACACCGAAACAAAUGGAACAUUUACAGAGGCUUGAUGAUCUCAAGAAGCAAUUAAUUGAAUUGGAGAAACAGCACGAAAAGGGCAAGCCUCUUGUAAAUUUGGUGGACAACAUGGUGAAGUUGGGUUCUCUGUACCGCAAUGGCACCCCUACCUCUGGUGUACUUGGCUCGUCCAGUAUGCACUCCCUGAGUGGUAUUCCAUCUCGUGAAAGGCUAGAAUUUAAUUACAAAGUUCAGGAGCAGAGACUUCUGGCUGAGGAGCGACGAGACUGGGAUCGCCUUAGUCCAGACUAUGGACAAUUACAGGCUAAAGUCCAGCAAUUGUAUCGUCUUGAUCAAGAGAUGCAAGAGGAGUCUCAUACACUGCAAACAUUGCAAAUUGAUAAGGAACUCGUUGAACGUGCCUUAUCUGGAGUGCGUCUGAAACUUGCCACAUCUCAAAUUCCACCAAGCCUUAGGGACACUUAUCGCAAACAACAAAGACUCUUGGAACGUGAACUGAGCCGAGUCCGCCUACUCCUGGCCCACAACUCCAAAAAAUUGGAAGAAACAGUUGCAGAAAAUGCUCGCCUUGAACAGGAACUUGUAAUUGUCCGUCAGAAGCUUCAGACCUCUCGGCACGAUUCUUUCUCAUCCCCUCCUCUUGGGAUGUUAGAUGCUGAUUAUCCCUUUACACCUGAAGAACCAACUAAUCCUACUGCUCAACUGGAGGCUGAGCUGAAGCGAGUACAACUAAUUAUGGGUGACCUACAUCGACAGCGACAAGAAAUCAGUGUUGCUGUUAAACAACUGACAGACAAAUCAGACCCUGUUCGUCCAGGGCCGACAGGUGUUGCAGGUGCAGGACCAAUCCCAGGAAAGAAGAAACAACAGAGCUCCUGGGUGGAAACGGACUUGGACUCUUUAGUAUCACGUGACACAGGGGCAGGAUCUCAGCCAACGAGCCCUGUCUCAACAGCUGCCAGCACACCAUCGACAUCUAGUACUAUACCAUUGUAUGUCAAUACUGGAAAUGACAAACCUCAAGCUGACGGAAGCGGCUCCGGAGAAGAAACUCCCACACUUCUCACCUCAAGUGAACCUGGAGCAACUAGUCUCAGUCAAAUUGAACUCAGUGAAGCAGAUGAUCGUAUGAAAAGAUACUAUGGAAUCAUACCAAAAGAAAAGCAACAGGAGUUCAAGACAGUGCGAAUCGUGAAACGUGAAUCAGAGCGUCGACAGAGAGACCGAGAUCGCAGUGGCAACAUAGGCAUACCUGUCUUUGGCUCAACGGGGAAACGAGUGGCCCUCAUUGAAGACCAGGGUGAAAACAGUGUGACCAUUUUAGAUCGGUCACAGCAACUGGGCCUGGGUCAAUUGCUGGAGGGUGAGGAGGCAACCCCCACGUCCACCGCCACCGCACUCCCCGCAAGCCACUCUGCCUUCUCUUCUGGCAUGGCAAGCAACCUGACGGGCAGCACUGCCUCUGCGUCUGCCUCCUUUGGCAGCAGCGAAUCCCCUGCACUCACGACGUCUGCAGCAAUGUCUUCUUCCUUGACUGGCACCAGCACCACCACUGCAACCAACAGUUGGGCUCAGGAAAGUACCAGUAGCCAAGCACUUGAUGAAGCCAUGGCCCAACUGGAUGACGAGCUGGAGAUGACUGAGGAGGCAGUCUUCCAGCGGUCAUUGUCACUUCCCCGAGGCUUUGGUAAAACGAAUGCUCAAGGCAUAGAAGUAGAAGCUUCUCCCAGUAUUGACAAGUACAACUUACGCACGAAAAAACCAAUGGUUGCAUCUGCUCCUGGAAGUGAGAGCAAUUUAUCGAUGGCUGGCAUGCGUCGUCAAAGAGUUCGUUUUGACACUCAUUCGGGAAGUGGAAGUGAAAGUAACACAAGUAGUCCGAGUGGUUCCCGACCACUUUCCGCAAGGGAACAGCUAUUUGGAAGUUCAGCAGAACACUUGGCUACGGGCUACUCUAUGUUGGGCUUGGCUUCAAGGGAAACUUCUCCACAGCUCAGUCCUGUCUUUGCCAACCAUGCGGCGUACCAAAGCGAGGCUGCUCGCCAGAUCGUGAUGGAAAUGAACGCCUCCAGUCCCUCUGUCUUGCCCACACAGAAAGUGGCGCAGCAGAAGCAGCAGCGACAACUACAGCAACAGAGACUCCAGGACAAGCAGCAGAAUGUGCAGCGGCGCCUUGUGCCUCGUGAAAAGAGACGUCAUCACACUGUGUCCGGACGCCCCCUUUCUGAAGUAUCCAGCUCACCUCUUCCUGUGCUGGGCACUCGUUCGAGGGAUGACCUAGACAUGGAAAGAGCCCUCCGCACCAGGCACAAUGCUGCCCCAGACGUAGUUCGCUCCACUCUUUCCCGAAGGGCACCAAAGUUUGAUGCAGACACUAUUGACUCCAUCCUUGGCACGCCAGGAAAGAUUCACAUUCCAGAACGCUAUGUGCCAGAGAAUGAACCAGCUUUGAGUCAGGAGGAAAGAUUACAACGAUUACGCAAAGCUGAUGCUAUCCGCAAGAUGUUAUCUGAAACUCGCUCAAGCACAACACUACCCAGUACAUCAGGUGAAGAAGAACCACCUACUUCAACUCUUAAAAAGAAAGCGGAGGAAGAGAAAAAGCAGCAUGAGCAUUUGCUGCAGCUGAAUCAAAUUCUCGCUAAACAAGUUAUGGAGAAGAGCAAGCUUGUGGCAGAGAAAGCUCUAUCACAGCGCUCGACCGAAGAUGAAGAUGAAAAGAGUACGAGUGAUGAUGAGUCUCCUGAACAUCCCCUGCCAUUAUAUCAGCAGCGUGAAAAUUAUUAUACGUAAUCGCGGCCAUUCUCUCAAGUCUGCUAGAUUGUAAGCGUAACAGUAUCCUAAAUGAAUAUGAUGUAUAUAAGACAUUGACGUUGUCAAUUACACUAUUGAUUAGCUAUGAAUACUGAUAGUGAUAAGUCAUGCUCAUAAAAUUAAAACCACUGUUAAAUCACCCUACCUUUAAAUGAGACCUGUAAUAAUAGAGAUUAGUUUCUUGUACAAAAUCUGCACAAGACAAACAUAUAUGUCAAUUUGAAAUAUACUCAUUGCUUGUAGUUAAUGUGACUAUCUAUGUCAAUUUAAAAUGAUGUAUUUAUUGGUCAAUUGUCGUCAAUUCAAUCUGAACAAAUAGCAAUUCUAUGUGCAUAUCAUUGGCAACUGUAGAGUAGAAAUUAAUUGUAUACUACAUGUUUUAUAUUUAUUAGUCAUUUUUAUUAUUAUUUAUGAACAUUGACAAAUUAUUCAAAUUUGGCUUGUAAGCCAUUAUUGAAGGACAUUUUUUGCCAUGUUGGUAGACAAGAAGACAGCGGUAUCAUCAAUCAGUUAAGUUUAGUGACCCCAAAGUGGAAGCUGACAUUGUUUUACUGUUAAUGUUGUAAUUGAUGAUGUUGCUGUCUGCUGGCUUCUGCUUACUUGGAGUGAAAUAAAUUGUCACUCUGUGCAGACUGACAUGGAAGGUUCUUUGAAUUUCACUGAAAAAUAUCUUGUUAUGUGAAAGUGCCCUUUAAAAGGUCAGUUUUGUCUAAACACAUGUAUAUAGGAAAAAUAUUAUUUGAAUGUUACUGCCCUGUUAUAUGUUUCUUGUUAUCCACAAGUACCUGUAUAAGUUUUUCUGUGGCAGUUCCAAUUUUAUCUCAUUAAUGUUAUCAUGGUAACAAGAGUAUUUGCUGACCUUUCAGUUGUUUUGUCCAUGAAUCUUUUGUUGGCUUUAUGCACAAAUGUACUGAGAAGUGUGAAGCAGAGUCUUCUAUCUUGUCAACUCAUGAUUUUCAGUACUAUUUGAUCUUUUUAUAGUUUCUCUAGUUUGCAUGAUUUUGUUCAAAUGUUGUAUUUUUAUACUUGUAAAAGACAUUUCAUUGAUUUAUAAUUUAGUCUUUGUUCCAUGUGAGAUAUCAUAGAAGAACUGAAUAAAAAUAGUUAUUACACGUACAUGAA